AUGCAGACUGCUUCUACAAACAUUUGUGAAAGAAUGGGUUGCUCUGAGAAGCUCAGUGAAUUCAAGAAUGUUACCGUGAUAGGUUGCCACCUGUGCAAUAAGUCCAUCCGUGAAAUUUCCUUGCUACUAAAGAUUCCACGGUCAACUGUUAGUGGUAUUAUAACAAAGUGGAAGCAACUGGGAACAGCAAGUCAGCCACGAAGUGAGUGGGAUCAGCGCAUGCUGAAGCGCACAGUGGGCAGAAGUCAACACUGUCUGCAGAGUCAAUAGCUAAAGACCUCGAAACUUUGUGUGGCCUUCAGAUUAGCAAAACAACAGUGUGUAGAGAGCUUCAUGGAAUGGGUUUCCAUGGCUGA